AUGUCGAAAUCCGUCAUCCCCACAUCCCAAUGGGCCCAAGUAGCCGAUAAAAUCGGCGGACCGUUGCAGUACCGACAAAUACCCGUCCCUACCCCCGGACCCGACGAAGUCCUCGUGAACAUAAAAUACUCGGGGGUGUGCCACACGGAUCUGCACGCGCUGAUGGGCGACUGGCCCCUGCCCGUGAAGAUGCCCCUGGGCCUGAAAGAGAGCGGCGCUAAGCCGGGGCAGGCCGUAGCCAUUGUCGGGGCUGGGGGCGGCUUGGGUUCGCUGGCGCAGCAGUAUGCUAAGGCGAUGGGGUUGCAGACUAUUGCUAUUGAUACAGGAGAUGAGAAGAGAGCGCUGUGCGAAAAGCUUGAGGCGAGGGCCUUCAUUGAUUUUGCCAAAACCAAAGAUCUCGUCGCGGACGUGAAGGCUGCCUCACCGGAUGGUCUGGGCCCACACGCCGUACUACUCGUCGCUGCGGCGGAAUUGCCCUUCCAGCAGGCGACUGCAUAUGUGCGGUCCAAGGGCUGCAUUGUCGCCAUCGGCUUACCGGCCAAGGCACAGCUCAAGGCGCCCGUGUUCGACACGGUAGUGCGGAUGGUUACCAUCAAGGGCAGCUAUGUGGGCAAUCGGCUGGACGCGAAGGAAGCGGUUGAUUUCUUCACCAGGGGCAAGAUCAAGGUGCCGUAUAAAACGGUGGAGUUGUCGGAGUUGGGGAAUGUCUUCUCGUUAAUGAAACAAGGAAAAGUCGCCGGACGCUAUGUCCUCAAGAUGCCAGAGUAG